AGCAGCACGGAUAACCACUGCAUUGACCAGCCUCCCCCUACUACAUUUGGGGAUAACUUUGAGCUUCAUGCCCCCAUAAUUUCUGCCACACACUUCCUCGGCUGCACAGUAGGAGAACACAAUGGACCUCCACAAAAUCAUCCACAGUGCGAUGCAUGAAUUUAUUCAGAUGUACAUUCCCGAUGCAGAUCUCAGCACACUGGAUGAUGUUCUUCUGUCUUACAUCACUGGAGUCCUGGAGGAUCUUGGCUCCCAGCAAAGUGUGGAGGAGAACUUUGACGUGGAGGUCUUCGGAGAGAUGCUAGAAGCUUACAUACCUGGCUUUGCAGAAAUUGACAGUGUAAAAGUCUGUGAAAUGAUGUUCAGCUUGGCUUCAAAACUAGCCACUGCUCGCACCUCAGCUGAUGAAGAAAACGACGUGCCUAAGGCAACAACAGAUGAUAUUUCAUUGAAACUCACCACAAUGCCCAGUGAACCUCCACCAGGAAGAGAAACACAGUGCCUUAAAACACAGACAGAGGGCGCCACUGCCAAGCUACCAGUGUCAGAGUGGGAGGCCCAGGAGCAGCACCUGCUGGAGAUGUUUCCCAAGUGUAGUCUGUCCGAGGCUCGUAGUGCCCUAUCUAUUGCCAAAGGAGACAUGGAGGAAGCUGUCCGUCUUAUCAUAGAGGGCGAUGUCCAACUCAGCCCCACUCCUCUUAAUGUGAACCAUGGGAAAAGUAUUUCCUCAGUGGCGGACCAGAAACUGAAAGAGAGCAUCCUUGAGAAGUACAUGCUGGUGGACAGGGAGGAUGACAACAAAACGCACCGGCCUGUCGCCCCCAAAGAUGCUCCAAAGAAGCUAGUGCGGUACCACGGUAACCAGGUGGUAACCACAAAGGGAGAGCGAUAUCAACUUGUGAAGAAAAACGAGACAGAGGACAUGAAGAAGACAUACGUCAACCUCAAGCCCGCUCGCAAGUACAGAUUCCAUUGAUGAAGAGCACAACACUGUAAGAGCAGCUACUGACAAUAUUGUUUACACUAUUAUUGAUUUAUCAAGUCCAUUUAGCCUAAAUUUGUUAGAUUUUUUUCCCAAGUAAAGGAACAUAUUUGUUAGUGUCAGUGGCUUAUUUGAAUAAAAUGUUACCAUUGUAUGCCUUGGUUAAAACGUGAAAUUACAGUGUUUCAGUUGUUCCUUUUAGUUCACUUUAGGAACUUUUGAAAUUUUGUGUGAUAUUUUGGUGGGGAUGUUGUUACUCGUGUUCCAGUUUGUGUAACAGCCUAAGCUAUAUACGUUUUGCCAUCUCAGCAGGUCUGAUGUUGCACUGACGUUACUGUUGCUUUUUUUAACCACAUAACGUUUUUAUUUUAAUUUUUUUAUCAUUAUUAUUUUUUGUAUUGUCUUUUCACGUAGCACACUAGAGAUUCACAAUUAUGACAUGACAUUAUAGAGAUGAACCUAUUUUAUUUUCUGUAAAUAAGUUCUAGUGGUGCUGUAAAAUUUCUGGACAUUACAAGUCACAACUGAUUUUUAUGUAUAUAUGAAAUUUAAAUCAUUGAUGCCAAUUUUAUUUAAAGUUCUAUUUUUACAUCAUACAGGAAUAGUGCUGUCAAAAUGUUUUGUCAAACCUUGUGUUUUGGACAAUUUGUUGUGCUACAAAAUUGUUUUCAGAUGAAACUUUUGUCCGAGACAAAUUUUUUAAAGAACAUUUGUACAGCGUGAAGCCGCAGCAGUCGUCACUUAAGUGUUUAAUAUGCGGUCUCCCUUGGUUCACAAGAGAAAGACCAUAGUCCAGAUUUGUUUUUGUCACCUUCUAUCAUAUCGCUUAGGGCAAAUAAAGAAAGGUUAUGUGAUAAUAUGCAAUGUUUUACACUAUAUAAAGUUAUUUUUGUUGUUUAUAACUAAAAAUAGAAAAACAGAAAAACAUUAACAUUAAACAGUAAUAGUGAAAAAAACUGAAACAUGAUGAGUUUGGCUCAAAGCCAUCCAAAAGUGUGACUUAGAAACCUGCCGCUGCGACCCAACAGACCUGUGAGUCCUGAGCAGCGUAGUUAUGAUUAAACAAGGGGCAGCAAUUAUUUCCACACAACUUUUUAAUAUAAUUGUAUUACUCGACUGCAAUGGGAAACACUAUAACUAUCAACAAAGUAUUUGUUAAUUUUCUAGCACAACAAAUUCAAUUCUCAAGGGGUGCACUGAGUAUUACAGCACUAUAAAUUCUGGCAUAAUGAAGUGGAGGACUGUGGUUGCCCCUUAAAUGUUAACCGCAACAUGCUGCUGGAGGACUUGAUUUUAAAGUUCAUUCCGACAGCAUUAUCUUUAU